AUGGAGACUAACACAAGCCGGAUGGUUACCUUGAAUGGGUCCAAUUACCAUUUGUGGAAAGGAAAGAUGGAAGAUCUCUUGUAUGUGAAGGAUUAUUAUUUGCCCGUGUUUACCGAUGAGAAGCCGUCGGACAAACCCAAUAAAGAAUGGGAGCUUUGUCACCGCGAUGCCGUCAAUGUCGCUUGCCAGGAGACUAGUUGGGUGAUCAAUAGCGGUGCUUCAAUUCAUGUCACAUCGCGAAGGGAUUUCUUCAGGUCCUACACUCCCGGUGACUACGGAAGUGUUAGGAUGGAAAAUGAUGGUAUUGCUAAGGCAGUUGGCAUGGGAGACGUGCACUUGGAGACUGAAAAUGGCAACACCUUAGUUUUGAGAGGUGUGAAGCAUGUUCCCAACAUUCGCAUGAAUUUGAUAUCUACCGGCAAGCUCGAUGAUGAAGGGUUUUGUAACACCUUUCGAGACGGGAAGUGGAAACUCGCGAAGGGAUCCUUGAUUGUGGCGAGAGGGCAAAAGUAUUCUUCAUUGUACGUGAUGAACGUGAAGAUUGUGGAUCCUAUGAUCAAUGCGGUGGAUGAUGAACGCACUGUGGAACUUUGGCACAACCGACUUAGCCACAUGAGUGAGAAGGGUUUGACAGUGUUGGCCAAGAAGAAUCUCCUCCCAGAUCCAGUUCCUAUACCUACUGUGUAUCCUGAUCAAGGGGGAGCGGCGCCGGAGACUAAUAUUGGUCCUGCAAAUGGUGAUGUUCUCAGUGGUGAUGUCCCUACAGUUGAUGAUGUUGAGCCAAGUGAUGAAGUUGAAGAAGGGGAGAAGUAUGUUGUGUUCAGUGAUAGCCAAAGCGCUAUCCACCUCUCUAAGAACUCGUCAUUUCACUCGAGGUCCAAACACAUUGAAGUGAGGUAUCACUGGAUUCGAAACGUUCUCGAAUCAAAAGAAUUGCACUUAGCAAAAGUGCACACGAGUGAGAAUGGUGCAGACAUGAUGACGAAGACUUUGCCGAAAGAGAAGCUUGAAGUAUGUCGACGAAGAGCGGGCUUGUUGGAGCCCACCACUUGA